AUGAGUGCACCACCGACGACGAGAGCCACGCGCUCGCGAUACUCGAGUCCGGCUGUGGGUGGGACAGGAGCAGGGCGGCGGGGAUCCAACGACAGCAGCAGGGCCAAGGACAAGGAGAGCAGAGAUGCUGCGUCGCUGGACCGGUCGAGGCAGUUCAUGGAGGCGUGGAUAGAGCCCGAGCGUGCCAGGCUCGCGAGCUUCCAGGAGGAUGGCCUCAUCCGGCAGGGGGUUCUGGAGACGAUGGAGCCGCUUGGGACGAGGCCCAAGCCGGCCAUGUUCAGGAAGCUGCUUGGCGCGAGCAGUCCAUUUCACGGCGGCGGCGCGUCGGGGGCUCGUGACGGCUCCUCAGGGCAGGAUGGGAGUGCAUCGACGACGGGGCCACGCAAGAAUGGGGGCAAGCGUAUUGUUCUUAAGCGGAAGAAUGAGUUGCUGCUGGGGACAAUAGCUCGAAUGGCCGACUCGACCUGUCGGGCACCCAGUCGCCCACCCCCUCCACGGCCGUGGCCACCCCUCAGCCUUCGUCAACACCUGCACCUGAAGCGGUACCUGGAUCUGGAGCAGAACCUGAACUCGAACCUCCAGAAGCAGCAGCAGCAGCAGCAGCAGACACGAGAGCAGAUGCAGACUCAGAAACUGAACCUGAGCAUGAGCCAGACCUUGAACUUGAACCUGCACUCCCACUUCUCGAGAAUAACAACUCGCCAACCCUCACUGCUUCUGCUGCAGCAACCAAACACCAAGCUUCAGCCUCAAUCCCCCCGACUUCAGACAUCGUUCAACCUGAGCCUGAAGACCAGCCCACAACUACCCUCAUUCUCCUCAUCUCACCAACCUACGACGCCGCGAUCUGUCGCGUCUUUCAACGACAUUGACGACACUUUCUUCAAGCGCGAAUCAUCAGCGCAAAGCGCGUCAAUUCUCGACAUGGCACCCAGGACGCGCGCGCAGUCGGCCGCGCCGCAGCAGACUACUAGUCCUGCCGCCCAGCCUGAUCAGCCAUCUUCCCCUCAGUCGCCAGCCCAGCCACAGCUGCGCGACGGGCCUCACUAUACUGAGUCUGAACUCGAGCGCAUUGUUGCGCAGAAGGAAGUCGUGGAGAAAGCAUUUGACGCCGCCGUGGAAGAAGGCCUCCAGCAACACAGAUACGACGUGGCGUACGCGUACCGGGCCCUAUACGAGGAGUACCAGGACAAUGCGCGCUUUCUGUUGCUGGCGGAGUCUAUGUUCCGCCAAACGGCCAGCCCAAAUUCUGUCUUUAGUUUUGGCCUCUAUCUAAAGCCCAAACUGGCCGAGGGAAACAAAGACGGGACUGCCAUCAGAUACUUUGAGGCAGAGACGCGCGAAAACAAAGAAUACGUGCCCCACCCGCCGCAGCCUGGCCCAUACAGGGAUCUCGUCAGCCUGGACCUGUCAAGGCUGCAAGAACUUGCGGACAACAAGAAACGCAAGCGGGAUGAGGACAACAGCGCCGAUGAAACCACUGACGAGAACGACCUCCAGCACCAAAAGGAGCUGCAGGGUCCAGAGCAGGCAGAGGCCGAGCCAGAAACAGCUGAGGUCGAGCCCGAGGCGGUCGCCACUCCGCCCCACCCUUCCAAGAGGCAGAAAUUGCAGACUCGCGAGCCAUCCGCCGGCCGCUCCGCCGGCCGCAAGACUGCAUCUGCAUCUGCAUCGCGCGGAAUGAAUGGCCGCGCAAACGCGUCGCCUUCGCGGCGCAAGACUCGCUCGGGCUCAGAGGCCGACGAGGACAAGCCGGUGCAAGACAUCGGCGAUGAGCCCGCUGCUGCUGCUGCCGCUGCCGCUGCCGCUGCCGCGUCCGCCGCCGACGCCGACGCCGUUGCUGCCGACGAGACGGGCGCCCCCAAUCCCAACGGGGCAGGGCCAGGACCUGGUCCUGAGCUCCAGCCAAUAGCGGCGCGCCCAAGGCGGGCACCCGCUAGAGGGCGACGAAACGCAAAUGCGUCUUCCGAACCCAACGCCAACAACAACGCCGGCCAGCAGACUGCUGCAUCGACCAUCCCCGUCGGCGAUGCACCAGGCCCGGGACCACAGCGUUCCAGAAACCCUCGUCGCGGCGCUCCGGAUUUCACGCCCACCCAGAAGCUGAGCGAGGACGACUUGGCAACCACGCGCAGACGCGCGGCGAGGGAGACCACCCAUCGCCUGACCAACGACGCUCGCUCCAAGGACGACAGCCACGCCAGAGCCGAGCCGAUGCCAGGCUCACGUGUUCGUGAGCUGUCCGCACAGUCGGACUUAUCGUCACUACCAGACGUGGAGGAGCCGGAGCCGGAGCCACAGCCGGAGCCAACUGCUGCGACUGGUCGCGGUGCCAGAGCAACCCGCGCCGCAAAGCGGCAGCACGAAGACGGUGACGGCGACGAUGCUGCAUCGACGUCGCCCGACUUUGCUCCCCACGCAGAGCCCAGCACCGGCGUGACCUCUCGGGCUGCAACACCUGUCCGCCCUGCCAAACGGGCCCGUACUGGUCCGCGACUUAAGGUGUCGCCGAUGAAGAACAAGGCAGGAACUGCGGCUGGAAAUCCUCGUGCCCGCGCCGACCGUGCCAGCCCUACCAUGAAUGGAAACCCGAACGCUCAGGUGGACAAUGACGAUUUCUGCUCAGCCUGCGGCGGCAACGGCGAGAUCGUCUGCUGUGAUGGAUGCACACGCGCCUUCCACCAGCUGUGUCACGAUCCUUUCAUCCCCUACAGCGUCCUGAGCGACGAGGACGAGGAGUGGUAUUGUUGGGACUGCAGCAUUAAGCGCGAUCCAGGUCUCGUCAAGCAGCACAAGGGCCCAUGGGGAGCUUUGAUGACUGCGCUCGACAAGAAGCACGCAGUGAGCUACCGCCUGCCCAAGAAGACCCGGGAGUAUUUCGAGGGCGUCAGGACAGGCCCCGACGGAGAAUACGAGGACUUCGUCCCCCAGCCCAAGGGAGCAAAGAAGCAAAAGACCAUCGACAAGAAGGAGUUUGACUUUCACCAGAUUGUCGAUAAGGACAACAACCCCGUUCUGUGUCACUCCUGCAAGGAGGCCACCAGAGAUGACCGCCCUAUUCUCCCGUGCUCCGCGUGUGGCCUAUGGUGGCACACUGACUGCCUGGAUCCACCUCGGGCUACUACCCCGAAUCCAAGCGUGUUCAGGUGCCCAUGCCACGUUGACAACCUCCAACAAGCUGUCGGCCCCUUGGGCCCUGCCCACAAGUUUCGGAAGAUCAGAGGCCAGUCCGAGAUCCACUACGCCUUCCGCCGUGGCAACGUCAACAAUGGUUACAUUGAGAUUGACGAUGAUCCGGAGCCAGCAGGCCACAGCGGUUUCCGUGAUCCUAGCUUCGGACACGUCUACCGACUAUCUGCAGGGGGUGUUCAGGCAGACUUCAUGCACAAAGCUCUUCGUGACCCCAGGGUUCCUAUGAAGCCAGUCACACUGCCGCGGAGGCUUCGUGAAGGCGAAAAUAGGGAGAAGAUGAAAGCCGCUUUAAACCUCCUGCAACUCAGAGAAGCUCGAGUAUCGCAUAACGUCUUCCCUGCCGAUUCUCAGCAGAGGUACGGCCCCGUGACUUCUGGCGACAAGGUGCACGCCACCGAUGAGUCCUUGGAUUCCGCCAGCGUCGAAGAGCUGGCGGCAAUGGAGGAGGCGACUCGCAAACAGUACGACAGAAUCGUCUCCGAGCUGAAGAAACGUGACGAGCGUAAACACCCACAGGGCGGUGUUGGCGACUCUGCUUCCAACGUGGCAGUGGCUCCCAGUCCUACGAUUACCAAAACGCCUCGCAGAAGCGGCCGCCUCACUACCUCCACCACAAUUGACGGUCAACGGGGCGCAGUAACAGCGAACCAAGACAAUCCUGACAUGAACGGUGCGGACCCUCGGCGGGAGCCCACUGUGAAGUCUGGAGUUCAGCCGGCUACAACCGCCGAUGGUCGCGCUCCCGCUCCCGUCACGAACGAGAAGACAGCCAAAUACGACGAUGACUCCAGUGUCACUCAAGUCGUUUCAAAUAUUGUCGACGCUGCCGUGGCAUCUGUCGUUGGCAAAGAUGCCACAUCUACUACUGACACGAUUGCCGACAUGGCCACGAACGUCGAGCAAAAAAUCGAUCAAGACCCUACUCAGGCCGCCAUUGACUCGGCCCUCACCCCGGUCUCCGAAGCAAAUAAGGACGGCGACGACCAGACUUCGGCGGUGACCAAUAUCAAGCCUGCCAUGAGCGGCGUCGAGACUCCCGAGACGGAGCCCAACGUACCCGACCAGGCUACCUCUCCAGCAGACGCGAUGGAGUUGGACUAA